AUGCCUCGUCCUUACCCGCAUGAACAUGCUUUGUUCUCCCUUCGUCCGUAUAACGGCAAUGAACUAGCCAGACGUAUCAUCGAUCAUCCCAACAACUCCCACAAUGUUUCGUUGUGCGAUGGUAUACCUGCUCUUGAUGUAGGCUUUCACCUACGCAGAAAUUCAAGUUCCACCCUUGCCGAACUCGGGCGACACCAACACGCCGAUAUUUACUUGGACGGAGCCCAUUUCUCACGAACCCAAUGCUCGUUUGAGAUUGUUGUGGACACCGGCGUCAUUAUGCUCCACGACAGAUCGUCCGGAGGCACUACUCAAUGCCAUGCCUCCGAUGGUGAUGAUGCCGCCCCGUUCCAGUAUGGACGCGCCCAGCGGAAGGUCCUUGUACAAAAGGAUUUCAAUACAGUAAUUGGAAUGGGGGGUACAUGGAAUGACCUCCUUCAAUUCGAAUUGGAAUGGCACCGUACUCCUGCAGAGACGGCGGAGGCGAUCAGAAAGUACAAUGCGCAAGGUUACGAUGUAGUGGAGAACCCACGCCUGGCUACGACAAGGCCCGCGACGCCACCUGGAAGAUCGGCACCAAUAAGAUGUCUUAGGGUACAUAAGCUUGGAUCAGGGUCUUUUGGCACAGUUCAUAAAGCUAUCGAUGUAGACUCGGGAGAGGCCAUGGCCGUCAAGACGAUAAAACGACCCACAGGAGAACAGCAGCAAGCCAAAUGGGAAAAGAUGUUGGAGCGUGAAGUCGAAAUACUCCGUAAGACAAAACAUUCUCACAUCGUUGAGUACAUUUGGGCGCAAGUUCAAGGGACAGGGGUAGCCAUCUUUAUGUCCCUGAAGGAAGGGAACUUACAAUCUUUAAUCGAGCGUGGAGACCAUAAACCUGGUAUUAUUGCGGACUCCGUCCUUCCGCAAAUGCUGCAAGCGCUCGAUUGCAUCGCAUCGAAUAGAAUCGUUCAUCGAGACGUAAAGCCAGAGAAUAUUCUGUAUGUCACUGAUCGAAACGACCAAUCCGGGUUCCGCUUCCAACUGGGAGACUUCGGGUUCGCCAAAAGUAUUGCCGAUCCCGCAUCGGUCGCGGGUACCUACAUUUUUAUGCCCCCCGAGCUGUUUCAGGGCGGGAGUAACACCACCAAAUUAGAUGUUUGGUCACUCUUUGUGACAAUGAUGUGGACAUUGGAUACACAGGGAUUUCGUCAGAAUCAAAAUUAUUAUCAGAGCCAACCUGCAACGGUUGUGCAAGGUUUAGUUCGACUUGUAGCUUCUCCCGGUGGGGAGCUAUCACGGAUCCAGAGAAUGGCAAUGUUCGACCCGGAUCACCGUGCUUCUGCAGCAGAGAUGCUUGUGGAUUUAUUCCCAGGAAUCCCACUCAGCAAUCCACAGCAUGCCGUCCCGCAUACGCCAAUCGCCCCCGUCGAAGCUCCGAACCCAGCUCCUUACGCCUUGACACCUCCUGUCACACGAAGCAAAACAAGAGAAAUGCAGAGAAAUGCCGCCGCAGCUCAGCAUCAUGUCGAAUAA